AUGGUAUUCCUGAUUGAGUGGAGGGUACCAUAUGAGAAGAUUGCUUAUGAGACUCGUAAGACCUUGCAGUUGGGAGAGGGGGUGCUCGUGUCGGAUAUCUUACCGAAUGGGUUUAUGAAGGUUGACGCAAUGGAUUUCAGUGCUUAUAAUGAUGCGGGCGAUCCAGCGUAUUCAUCGUUUGUAAGAUAUGCAGACAGUGCUGCAUGGUUGCCUGAGAUAUGGGAAGACUGGAAGAGGUAUACGCAAGUCCAUCACAAUGCAAGGCCAUUUAGACGUGGUGUUUUCAUGAUGCUACAGUAUUUAACUUCAAGUUUAGCUGUUAUUUUGUUUUUGACAGUAGUUGGAUUUCUUAGUACCUCGAAUCGAGCUGUGCAUGGGGUUUCAAGAUUGCUGCGUUUUGCAUCGCUUUUGGCAAGUAUUAAGUCCAUUGUGUUAACAGCGGAAGUCUUACGACGGUUACAUCAGCAUUACGUUUCCGAAGGUAUUAUUCCCUUUAACACUGUGAUGAGUGUGCUUUGGAAGUAUAAGAUUUUUGCAGUGCUGGAUGUUCUAACAGUUUUCGCGUUCCAGUUGUGCCAAGUACAAAUUGUGAUGAGGUUCUACGAUAGGGUCAAAGAAAAACGAUUUAUUUCAGUAUGCGGAGUGAUACUAUCACUUAUCUCGCAGAUACUCUGGAUAAUUCCCAUAUGUGUAAUUAAUCGUGGUCAGAGUCCCAAGCAGAUGGAUCAUGGUAGCGUGAAUGUGCUGUCACCGUUUGUUUUCCUUAUUAGAGUCGCCCUUGCGGGAUCUUAUGCGAGUUUGUUGGGACUUCAAAUAUUCACGAAGAGACAGUUUUGUUUUCAAGGACUUCAAAUGAUACUACUGACACUGUUGACAGUUUGUGUGGUACUAUUUCAGCCUGUAUUAUUCUUUUUUGAUCUGGUCCGGGUAUGGUUUGACAACUCGAACGAGAUAUUCAGCACCGUUUGGUAUAUGUGCUCUACAGUCAUUGUAUGGGAAUGGUACGACCGUGUGGAUGUUUUAGAAGCGAAAUUACAAACUCAAAGUAUUAUGGGAAGGCCUAUCUAUGAAGAUGAGGAGCAUUUCUAUUAUUAUGUGAAGUAUGCUUUGAGAGCGCAAUUUACGAAGACCAAUAGCAACUCAAAUUAUUCAAGGUUAGGAAGAAGUAAUUCGCCUGGUGGGUUUAUUGAUGAUUCUGUCAUUACAGGCCAGGACCUUUCCACAUCUCAUCCCAUGGAAUAUGAUCAAAACUCUGUCAUUGUCCUAAAAACGCGAAGGGACGUAUGGGAUAGAAUCCGAGCUAUUCGAGACGGUGUUACAUAUUAUACAGACAGGGUAUUUGUCAAAAGUUUGGGGAAUUGGUCUCUGAAUUGGAAGCACGAGAGUGAGGAGGAUAGAAGCAAGAACCGUGUAAUAAAAAGGCUUGGACUCGAUCAGAGUAACGAUACAUAUUUGUAUAGAACGAAAGAUGUAGACUUUGAUAACUUAAAUCAAAGUUAA